AUGGAGUAUCCAGAGCCAUCAUCUGAAAUUGUGCUGGAGCUUUUAAAAAAGUUUAAAGAUGGUAAUAAAGCAGGUGACAAUAAAGCAGAUGAUGGUGGAAUAGAUGAAGAUGACCUGGACGAAGAUGAAGAGGAUGAAGAUGAAAUGGAUGAAGAUAAGGUAUCAAAAAUAAGAGAUGCCUUAGCGCAGAAAUUGGCUGAAAAGUGGAUUAGGGAGGCACGUAUUUACGUGAAAAAAUUAUUUGAUACUACUUAUGCUGACAAGGGAGAACACCUGAUUAAGAAUGCUUAUUACCAAUCAUUUCUCAAUGCACUAGAUAAGCAAGAAGAAUCCAUCCGCUUAAAACUUUCAUCAUUGUUUAAAGAAAUUUCUGAAGUUGAUAUAGAGUAUAGAGAUAGUAUGUAUAAAUUAGUUACUAAGAAAAGAUACAGAGCAAUGUCCUUAGAACAAUAUUUAACAUCAUAUUAUUUGGAUGAGUAUGAUUCGUCUAAAGCUGAUAUAGACGAUAUCAUCGAAUUAUAUGGAUAA